AUGCCGAUGACUGUGAUACUUGCUGGUCGAGGUGGGCUUAGCAAAGGAACUCGAUCAUGGAUAGCAUUUGCGAACGUGCUUGGUGCCUUUACAAUGUUUCCAUUGUUGCAAAGAGAAGAGUUGCGAGUUCCUUACUUUGUGCUUGUUCUUUUGUGGCUAUACCUCCUUGGACUUCCACCCUUCGCUUUUGAGGUAUAUGCACAAUAUAACGAUGGCAAUUGGAUAGGAUUCGGAACAACGCUAAUCCACACGGUCUUCUAUGAGGCAAUGCUCGGUUGGCACUUGGGCGAAGUGUUCUACACGCCACCUCCAAUGUAUCCAGAUCUUUGGGUAAUCUUAAAUGUUGGAGUUGGUGUCGCUGGAUUUGGUAUUUGUUAUCUAUGGUGUCUAUGGUCUUUGGCGGUCGAAAGUGGUCUUCUGGAGUCACCAGGUUCAGAAAAGAAGGCGAAGACGAAAAAGGUUCAAUGA